GCGACAUUGUGUUUACGUAGUGAAAAUGCGGCCGCCGGCAGAAUUGGAUGUUUUUCGUAUUCCUCAUUGUCGAAUGAAACAUUUGAUGAAUGAAGUCAUCACUAAGCUAACAGACACAGAUUUCUCAAAUGCUGUACAUCUUCGCGCUUUGUUGGGCUUCGUCGACAACCAUUUUGAGAUUUUUCAAAGCCACGAACAAAUCGAAAACACGCACAUCCUGAAGAGUCUGUUGGAGCGCAUGCCUCGUGCGCAAAUGAAAUCUCUCGAGAGCGAAAUCCACGAGCAUCACAGACUGGCCAAAAUGAGGAGUUUUAUCGGCGAUUUGAAGCUAAGAGUAGUGGAGGAUGACUCGAAGGUUGUUGAAUGUGGAAUGACAUUGAAGGCAGCAAUACAACAGUUUGCUGGUGAUUUCUUUCCUCACAUGGAGGAGGAGGAAUCGGUUGUCCAGCCACUUCUAAUGGAAUAUUUUACAAAGGACGAACUCAGAGCUCUCAAGUCUACAAUACUUAGGCUACACUCUUUGCCAAACAACAGUCCGUCACAGGAAGAACUGUUAGUCGAAGAAUGGAACAAGUCCGUCUCAUUCAGCUGCAAUCAGGUCGACUACCAUACUGAUUUACCAGACGAAGUGUGGCUGAAAAUUUACGGAUAUCUCAACCCUCGUGACCUCAGCAGAUGUGCUAGAGUUUGUAAAGUUUGGUUGGGCAUGUCACGUGAUAUGUCACUGUGGCAUUCCAUUUGGCCGACACAAUGGGCCAAAGGGAAAUGGUCGUUUGAGCCUCCAGAGGAUGAGGAAGAACACGAUGAUACGGUAGACAGAGCAAUAUGUUGUAGGCGUUCGGAUGGUUUUAUGGGGUGGGAAGACGAGGACGAAUGGAAGAACGACGAGUUUGAUGUGGAGCAUUGGGUGUUGACACGCAUAGUGAAGCAUCUUUUGCCAUCCGUGGGCACAGCAGUGAAACGACUUGGACUUGGACACAGUAAAGUACUUACUAAUGCACUGAUGACGCAGAUCUUUCGGCUAUGUCCCAAUCUCCUUUAUCUUGACGUCUCAUACACACGCGUUUCAGACAAAGCAUUUAGCAGCGUAAGCUCUCCCCACCCUUUCUGUCUCACAUACUUGGACCUCUCUGGCUGCUCAUCCAUCACCGAUCAAGCUCUAAAACACCUGGCGAUUGCAUUCCAAACAAGAAGCGUAUCACCGUGUGGUGACUGCGACUGCGAAAGUUGGAGAUCAAAUCGCAGAGAAACGACAAGAAGGAGACCAUUGUUGGUCAGUCUGAGCCUCUCCGGUUGCUACCAGAUUACAGACUCGGGCCUCAGUGUCUUGGCUGGGAGUGGGGGCUUACUCAAUACCACACACUUGGAUCUCUCUGGCUGUAUGAACGUGUCCGGCGUCGGUCUCACGAACGCUAUCAACACGUGCACGAGACUCAAUCACGAGGAGCUGUUCUAUUGCGAUAACAUACUGGAUGGUCCGUAUCCCGAAACGGCAAGCGGCUGUAGAAACGUCGGAUCGUCCCGACGCGUUUGCUGCAGAAUUGACUAUUAGAUGAUCGUUGUAUUGCAUUGAUUGGAACACUGUAGUAUGCCAUGGUAUGUCAGUUGUGUAUCGCUUUUGUAAUGCUGGAGUUUAGUACUACUGGUAACAGAUUACUUUCAUCACAUCAGGUUGAUCUU